GAAAAAAAAAUAAUAUUUUGUAAACUGCAACAGAAAAUUAAUAACUUUGUUAUUAAAACCUUAAAUAUUAAGUAACCAAGCCAACAGCAGUUAAAUCUCUAAGGAAGAUGUCUAAGAACAAGUUGAAUUUAACACUGCCUCCAGUGGAUGCGUCAGCAGCUUCAUCACAGGUGGUGCCAACACCACCGUUUAAAACUCCUUCUGGCACAGAAAAACAUAGUUUGCUGGGCAAGCCGAAGACGAGCAUUGAGGCCCUGACCGAAACCCUGGAGGAACUUGAGAUGGAUGACACAGCCCGUAAGCGUAUUAAAGUAUUCCUAAGCCAAAAGGAGAAAAUAGGCGAGUUGUCAGAUGACGAUCUGGAAAAACUGGGCGAACUGGGUUCCGGCAAUGGCGGCGUGGUUAUGAAAGUCCGACACAUACCUACCCAAUUGAUAAUGGCUAGAAAAUUGAUACACUUGGAAGUAAAGCCGGCCAUUAAGAAACAAAUUAUACGAGAGUUAAAAGUCUUGCAUGAGUGCAAUUUUCCUCACAUUGUGGGCUUCUAUGGUGCAUUUUAUAGUGAUGGUGAAAUCAGUAUUUGUAUGGAAUACAUGGAUGGCGGUUCAUUGGAUUUAAUACUCAAAAGAGCUGGCAAAAUACCAGAACCCAUAUUGGGAAAAAUAACGUUGGCCGUAUUGAAAGGUCUUAGUUAUUUAAGGGAGAAACAUGCCAUCAUGCAUAGAGAUGUGAAGCCAAGUAAUAUUCUAGUAAACAGCAGUGGAGAAAUAAAAAUCUGUGAUUUUGGUGUAUCUGGUCAAUUGAUAGACUCUAUGGCAAAUUCCUUUGUUGGCACCAGAAGUUAUAUGUCGCCUGAACGAUUGCAGGGCACUCACUAUUCAGUACAGUCGGAUAUUUGGUCUUUAGGUUUAUCGUUGGUAGAGAUGGCCAUAGGCAUGUAUCCCAUACCACCACCAGAUGCCAAAACAAUAGCAGCCAUUUUCGAUGAGAAAAAUGAAGAUGGUACACAGACGUUGGUCGAACCAAAAGUUAUGGCCAUAUUUGAGUUACUUGAUUACAUAGUCAAUGAACCUCCACCAAAAUUGGAGCACAACGUAUUUACAGACGAGUUUAAAGAUUUCGUGGAUAUAUGCUUGAAGAAAAACCCCGAUGAACGAGCUGACUUGAAAACAUUAUUGAAUCAUGCUUGGAUACGUAAGGCUGAGGUUGAGGAAGUUGAUAUUGCAGGCUGGGUUUGUAAAACAAUGGAUUUGCCACCCUCUACACCGAAACGUAAUACUUCACCCAAUCAAUAAAUAAUUUAUUAAAAAAAAACAAAUAUCAAAAUACACAAGCAAAAUAUUCUUUUUACUUAAUGUAAUAUCUUGUCAACCACACUAAAGUUGUUUAAUUUAACAAGAAAUCAAAAAGAAGAAAAACUUAAAAAUAAACACAAAUUUCUGUAAUAAAUUAUAUCAAUUAAACGAUACGAUAAGAGAAAUGAAA